GCCUUCCUAUUUACGUCGUGAAAUAUUUCUUAGCACUACUUCGUUAUUUCAACGUGUUAUCAAUUGAAGAAUUUGAAAGUGCUAGUUUUACGAUUUAUUCCAAAAACGUAUCUAAAAAUCCGUCGUUGUGAUGCCAACUAGUGAACUAACGUUAUUUCCAGAAGGCGAACUUCGUGAAUUUCAUUUCUUAAGUCUACUUUCGUUUUCGCCUUCUUUAACAUAUGCGUAUUGAUCUUUUCAUGUUGUCCGAUUCAAGACAGGUUGACAGCCUACUUUCAUUUUUGGAUUUAUAGUCAAACCCUCAGAACUUUAAUUUGUAAGCAUUGAAUCUGAACAUGGUGAAAUGUGACGACAAAGUGGAUGGACUUCACAGUCAGGAAGGAACCGACUGCAGCAACGAUGAACAGGAAAACCUACUGAUUUACAGGGCAGAGAUUUAUCGCCUGGAGAGCUUCAAAAAUUGGCCCUGCCAGUCAAUAGUACGGAAAGAGGACCUAGCAAGAAAUGGCUUCUAUUACCUUGGAGAUAGGGACAGGGUUCAAUGUGUCUUUUGCAAUGCCAUAUUAAGUUGUUGGGAAAAGGGAGACAAUGUUAUUGAAGAACACAAGCGGCACUCAAAAAACUGUCCUCUUGUAUUGGGGAAAAGAACAACCAAUAUACCCUAUUCUCCGAGCCAGGACUGUCUAUCUGAUGUGCAGCCAGCUUUUCCCGAGUUCCAGAAUUACACCAAGAGGCUGGAAUCCUUUAAUGAGUUCUGGCCAAAAGCCAUGAAACAGAGACCCAAGGAACUGGCAGCUGCUGGGUUGUUCUACACAGAAAAGGGGGAUGCUGUGAAGUGCUUCCAGUGUGGUGGAAUGCUUCGUAAUUGGGACCCCCAGGACAAACCCUGGGAGGAGCAUGCUCGGUGGUUCCCAAGGUGUUUAUUUAUUCGUGAGAAUAACCUGAUGUCUCCAGUAAGGGUUCCUCUCCACAGAGAAUUCAUACGGCGUAGAAAAACCUCCCUGGGAUAUGACGAAAGCCUAAUUGAAAUGUUUGAACUAGACAGACGACGCAGAGGAUUGCCUGAAUGUGAAGAUGAAGAUACAUUUGUGACAGAAAUAGAAAAGUUCAAAGUUCAACAAGAAUCCCAACCUCCUUCUCAAAUAUCAAAUCCACCAAUCAAUGAAGUUGUAUGGAAUUUUAAUGAGGAGAAUCUUGGUAAUUCCAAUGAGCCAAUGGGCUACGAUGAGGUAGACAUGGGUGGGAGGGCGUGUGUGGGGUGUAAGCGGACCGACUCCAGGGAUAGCCUCACCCUCCAGCCCUGUCACUGCAAUUGUUGCGACAAGUGUCUGGAUGACCUGACUCACUGUCCCUCCUGUAAAACAAAAGUCAGGGCAGCCGCUAAAACAAACUAAACAGGCUGGCUAGUGUGGAGCCGAUAACUAUUGACAUUUCUCUGUGUUCGUAAAUACUGGUACUAAGGCUUGUAAUUGAAAAUGUUUUGUUUUGAAUGCUAGUAUGCUGUACAUUUUGUACAAUUUUCAAUUCCUUAUUAAGUACAGAUUUUUAAAAUGUAAAUUUUAAUAAGAAUCAAUCAAGCUAUGAGAUGCAUUGUGUGUUUUUAUUCAAUAAAAAUAUGUUGUGUGCAUGUAGACAGAGUCAUAUAGGCAAUUACUACCAUAGUAUAUCAUGUACCAGUUAACUUAUAGACACUGGAGAUGUGUUUUAGUUAUUUUGACUUUUAAAUUCACACUACCAGUUGAUAUUAAAUUAAGAAAAUACACAUAAUGAAUCUUCGGACAUAUUCUUAGUUUAAAAAUUUCUGUUUGUGAGAGAAAUGGCAUCCUUGUUUAUACAGAUACUGUACAUGUAUUUGUAAUGUAAUAUUGUAAUAUUAACAUUGCAUGCACCUUUAAUAAAAUGAAAAUUUUAAUCUUUAUGUCCUUUUGUAUUUCAAAUCCCAAAAGAAAUUAAAGAACUAGAACUUGAAACAAGAUAUUUUGGUACUGGUUUGUCUAAAAAGUUUGCAACAGGAAAACAUAACUGUCUUAACUUCCAACAUGUUGCUUUUUAACAUGAAAAUGUGGUGUGACCUUCCACUAACAUUAAUUUGUCAAAAUGCAUCUCUUUCUUGCCUUAUCCACAGAACUAUCUUUGACUAUUAAGGGUUUUACAAUAGAUAUAUAUUACAUGAUAUAUUUAAA